AUGGAGGCAACCGAGGACGUCGUGAUCGUCGGCGCAGGGAUCGCCGGCCUAGCGACCGCUCUGGGAAUACACAGGUACCGCCGCCGCCGGCGACUGCGGCGGGUGGUGGAGCUUUUCCUCUUCACUCUGAAGCUUCCCUCCUCCCUCUCUGAUCAGUUAUCCUCUGUUGCCCUAGGCUGGGACUGAGGAGCCUGGUUCUGGAAUGGUCAGACAGUCUGCGCUCCAGCGGCUUCGCGCUCACCGUCUGGGCCAAUGCUUGGAGAGCCCUAGACGAGCUUGGCGUCGCCGACUCUCUCCGGCGGCAGCACCUCCUCCACCGAGCGUAAGCUUCAUUCCUCGACCUGAGAUAUCGAGCUCUGCUCGUCGGUAGAACUACUCAAACAGUCACUGAGUUGCAGGGUCAUCAUCGGCUCUGCGGCCACCGGGGACAUCACCUCGAAGAGGGCCUUCGAGGCACGAGACCAAGGGUAAGCUUCUCCUUCACGACUCUUCUAGAGUUCGUCCUUUUUGCAGACGGCGAUGGCGUCAUAAGGGUGCGUCUUACCAUAUAGUGAGCAGCCAGAGGUCCGCUGUGUGAGGAGGAGCUUGCUGGUGGAUGUCCUCGCGAAGGAGCUUCCCAACGGCACCAUCAGGUUCAGCUCUAAAGUCGUCCACAUCGAGGAGCAGGGAACCCUGAAGCUCCUGCAUUUGGCGGACGGCUCCACAGUCAGGACGAAGGUAACCCACCUAGGAACCAGAGAUUGAUGAGAGAAGAACCAGAGACUAAUCGCGGCGUUACAGGUGCUGGUCGGAUGCGACGGAGUGAACUCCGUGGUGGCGAAAUGGCUCGGGCUGAGGGGGCCGGCGUACGCCGGACGGUCGGCGGCGAGAGGCAUCGCAGAGUUCCCCGGCGGCCAUGGCUUCGAGGCCAAUUUCCUCCAGUAUGUGGGGAACGGCUUCCGCUCCGGCGUGCUGCCCUGCGACGAGACCCACGUCUACUGGUUCUUCACCUUCAGUCCCUCCCCCGAAGGUAUAACACGCCUGCGUCUCUUCCAUUCUUGAGGCCAACUCGCAUCCCCACUUCCUGCCCUCUUUACAGAGAAGGAGGUCGAGGAGGACAUGGCGAAGAUGAAGCAGCAUGUUCUCCGUAACCUCCGGAAGGUGCCCAAGAAGGUGUUGCAGGCCGUGGAGAGGACCGAGCCGAGCGCCAUCGUCUCCUCUCCCUUGAGGUACCGGUGGCCCAGCGACCUCCUCUGGGGAGGAAUUUGCAGGGGAAGCGUCUGCCUGGCAGGAGACGCGCUCCACGCCAUGACCCCCGACCUUGGGCAGGGCGGCUGCGCCGCCUUGGAGGACGGAGUCACCCUGGCCAGGUGCCUGGGCGGCGCCUUACGGGGGAAACCCGGCGCCGCCGCCGCCGACGAGCGGCGGAGAAUCGAGGCGGCGUUGGAAGAGUACGCAAAGGAGAGAAAAUGGCGGAGCUUCGAGCUGAUCUGCACGGCGUACGCGAUCGGCCGCAUCCAGCAGAGCAGCGGCGCCGUGAUGAACUUCAUCAGAGACAGGCUCUUGGCGCCGCUGAUGACCAGGAAGCUGAUGAGCAUAGCCACCUUCGACUGUGGGCCCCUCUCUCCAUCCGACGGUCAACGGAGCUCUCCAGGGACUACUCUCUGA